AUGGAGUUUGAACAUAACCUGAAGGAUGAGACCCAAGUAAAUGACUGUUUCAGUCUUCUUCCACUCGAAAUUCGCUUCGAAAUUGCCUAUCUUCUUUCAACGCCUGAAUACCUCAGCUUGAGACUUGCGUCGAAGUCUAUGGUUCACAUAUUUGAAUAUCAGGAAUUUUGGAAAACACGUUUUCUGAUUCAUCGAGAACGAGGAUAUCUCAACUAUCUUUUGGAAGAAGGUCGUCAAGAUUGGAGAUUAAUGUACCGCUGCACUAGCAAAGUGAAGCGUCUCACCAAGAUACUACGUUUCCGAAGGCUACAGUGGCUUCAUAAUGAAUGGAUUAAAGAUAGGUGUAUGAUGGUUGGAGCUCCAAUAUCGACAUCGCCUGAGAACAAUACUCGAUUUGAUGGCCUAAUCUGGGACAGAGCAGCUGGAAAAAUCCAAUGCGAUAGACCUUACGGCGAGGAAGACCCUACUUCAUCUUCAUUUGGCAGUGACAUCUGCAAGUGGUGUCGUGGAGUGCAUAAUCUAUCACCACCUCAGAUGAUCACCAUCUCUAGUGAGAUUGUGGAAAUUGCUGUCUCCGUUCUUGCUGAAGAUGAACAUACAUUUAUCACCGGUUUCAAACCUGUCUACGGGGGAAGUUCACCAAGCAUUGAACUUGGCUAUCAAAUCCCUCAAAAGCAGAUCAAGAUUGAUCUUCGCGGCCAGCCGUUGACAGGCUUCGAAGUCUUUGCUGGAGAAGGGGGCAUCCAGGCCAUACGUCCAAUUUUUGACCCAAAAUAUGGAAUAUGCCAUAGCGUGAUUGGUAAGCCGAAUACAACUUGCGAAUUAGUACUACUUAACCCAGAUGGAGAGAUACAAGCCUUUGCUGGUGAGUUUGAUGUAAGUAAAAUAUUGAUGUGUGCUGUUCCAAUUCACAAGCGCAAUUUACUGACUCAAUUGUAG